AUGACUGAGUGGAGCUGCCUCGUGACAGGAGCAGGAGGGUUUCUGGGUCGGAGGAUCGUCCACUUGCUCGUCCAGGAGAAGGGGCUUCAGGAGCUCAGGAUCCUGGACAAGGUCUUUGAACCAGAAGUGAAGGAGGAAUUUUCAAAGCUCAAGAACAAGAUCAAGCUGACCAUGCUGGAAGAAGACAUUCUGGAUGAGCAGUGCCUCGUCACAGCCUGCCAGGGCAUCUCCGUUGUCAUCCACACUGCCUGUCUCAUUGAUGUCAGAGGUGUCAUUCCCAGAGACGUCAUCAUGGAUGUCAAUCUGAAAGGUACCCAGCUGCUGCUGCAAGCCUGUGUUCGAUCCAGUGUGCCCUUCUUCAUCUACACCAGCUCAAUGGAAGUGGCUGGACCCAACUCAUACAAGGAAAUCGUCAGGAAUGGCCAUGAGGGAGAGCAUCGCGAAAGCACAUGGUCUGCUCCAUACCCACACAGCAAGAAGCUGGCUGAGAAGGCAGUGUUGGCAGCCAAUGGAGACACUCUCAAAAAUGGUGGCACUUUGUACACUUGUGCUUUGAGGCCCACGUACAUCUAUGGGGAAGGAAGCAAAUUCCUGGCUAAUACAAUAAGUAGAUCACUGCAGAACAACAAGAUUCUAAUAAAUUCAGGGAGGUUCUCCAUAGUCAACCCAGUCUAUGUAGGCAACGUAGCCUGGGCUCACAUUCUGGCCUCAAGGGUCCUACGGGACCUCCAAAAGGCUCCAAACAUCCAGGGAAAGUUCUACUACAUUGCAGACAACACUCCUCACCAGAGCUAUGACAACCUCAAUUACACGCUGAGCCGAAAGUGGGGCCUCUGCCUCGAUUCCACACCCAGCCUGCCUCUGUCUCUGCAGUACUGGCUUGCCUUCCUGCUGGAGUUAGUGAGCUUCCUGCUGGCUCCAAUUUACAACUAUCAACCCCCCUUCAAUCGCCACUUGGUGACACUGUGCAAUAGCGUGUUCACCUUCUCCUACCAGAAAGCUCGACAAGAUCUGGGCUAUGAGCCACUCUUCAGUUGGGAGGAAGCCAAGCAGAAGACCACAGAGUGGAUUGGCUCCCUGGUGGAACAGCACAGGCAGACCCUGAAGACAAAGACGCAGUGA